GUGUGGCGAAAGCCGAGUCCUCGUUCGGCUGCUGGGCGGUCGGCCUGGAACCGUGUGAAGAGGGAGUCGGGGUGCUCGCUCUCCUCUCCCUGAGCCCUUCGCAGCUCGACGCGGCGCUGCUGGGGGUCACCGCGCCCCGUGUAUACUCCCCGCCUCCUCCCCAUUCUCUCUACUCCACCUCGCGUUUGGGUGGCCGCGGGCGGCCUGACCCGGGGUCUUUGACAGACCUUUACUCUGCCCGUAGAGCGGGCGUCCGCCCGCCAGUGUCAACGUGGUUGUGGCCGACUGCCCCGGUGGCUGGAUCGGGAUGCGACCUGGACCAGCGGGCGUCAGUUAGUCCGUGGGCUGCUCCUGGGUGGCCGGUUUCCGAGCCCUCGAAGCCGGCUUGCCCCCUUGAAAACCUGUGGAACCACUUUAACCCGCUCCUGCAGUGUUAGGCGCUGCACCUUCCGCGGGCUCCCGCAGCGUCCUUUACAUUCUCGGGGGGCCAGUCACCUGGCUCUGCCUGUCUUCUCUCCAAGUCGCCCUGGGAGAAGGGUCUGUGGCAUUAGCACGAAGCUUAAUUCAGGGUAAUAGGCAGCAGCUCCCAUUGGAAUCUGAAAUAAAGGGAGAAGCUUGGAAUGAACCUGUACUAACUUGAUCAGGAAAAAGAAGGGGUGGAUGAAGGUGGAAGGCAAAACUAGGAGACAGAAACCGCCCAGGAAUAUUGUGCUGCGCCUGGGCACCAGGUGAGCAGAUGGAGCGUCUUGUCCGUGUUCCCUAUGGCUUGUACCAGGGCUAUGGGAAUACAGUGCCUUUGGGUCAUCCUGGACUCUCUGAACACGAACAGCCUGACUGGAGGCGAAAUACUGGUCCCCCCAAUUUCCUGGCCAGGCCUGGGUUGCUGGUGCCUGCCAAUGCCUCUCACUACUGCAUGGACCCUUACAAGAGGGCACAGCUUAAGGCCAUUCUCUCUCAGAUGAACCCCAGUCUGAGCUUGCAGCUUUAUAGGGCCAACACCAGGGAAGUGGGUGUGCAAGUGAGCCCACGGGUAGACAAGUCUGUGCAGUGCUCGCUGGGGCCUCGCACCCUGUGCAGCCGCUCCCCUUGGGGCAGUGCAGGCCACAAGGCACCCCUGACAGCCUGGGGAGUCUAUUCACCAGUCAUGGGCCACAGGAGCUUGAUUCAGCUGCAGAGGGAAGGGGAAGACCAAGAGAGGAAGGCUCUUUUGCAUCCCACUGAGGCCAGUGAGCAGCAGCAGCAGCAGCCACCACCAAUGCCAAGGUCAGAAGAAGACAAGCAGGAGGAGCCUCACCAGCACAAUGAGUUGGAGGAGGAAGACGCCUCAAGUCCUCGGAAAGAGAAGAGUAAGCAGGCACAGGGAGUUGGUGGAGCAGAUCUGCUCAGGAAACCCACUUUCCAGUUUUUGGAAGCAAAAUAUGGCUAUUUUCAUUGUAAAGAUUGUAAGACCAGAUGGGAGAGUGCUUAUGUGUGGUGCAUUUCUGGAACUAAUAAGGUUUAUUUCAAACAACUAUGUUGCAAAUGCCAAAAGAGUUUUAACCCUUAUCGAGUAGAAGCAAUCCAAUGUCAGGAUUCAAAGGAGGAUGAAGAUAUGAGGAAUAAUGGUGGUGGGGAGAAGUAUUUUGAUUUGAGGAUUCCAUUUAAAGCACUGACUGGAUUAUUUAGUGUCCAAACUGUUCCUUGUUUUCUAAAGACCUGUUCAAAGUCUUGUUGUUCCUGUCCUCAAAAGAAAAGACAUAUUGAUCUAAGGAGGCCUCAUCGACAGGAUCUGUGCGGUCGCUGCAAAGACAAGAGAUUCUCCUGUGGCAAUACUUACAGCUUUAAAUACAUCAUGUGACAGGCAGUAUGAAUUGUACAGGACAUUCCAAAUUCUCCUUGUAACUUAGCUCUGACUUGGCAUUGGAAAAUGGAUUAGGUUUUUGUACUUUUUGUAGGUUGUAUAACAGUUGUACAAUGUGAAUAGAAUAAAAUAAAUGCAUGUAAAAUAGA